CUGACGGAUGGGCUUCACAGGGAGCUGUGGUCACACACACCUUGGAGAGAGAGUCUGCUUCCACCGACUGGCCGAGAUCCCAGAGUAGACUUGAGGGAAAGUUUGAGGCAUUACAGCAAACCUAGAGAGUAGUACUUAGUGGUAGUAAGUAGUGGAGGUGACUUGAAGAUUGGUUAGAAGUUGCCAAGAAGUGUUGGGAGUCAUUGCGCUGUGAUCGUUGGGUGUCUACUGUCAUUCAAGUCUUUUUUUAGUGCUUUAUUUUUACCCUAGGACUGCGUUCUUGCACACUGGGCCACGAGUGUGCAUGCUUCUGCCCUCUGUCUGCAAGUAAGCUUGUGUGUGUUUCAUCAGAGUCUACUUGAAACCGAGCCAUGGCCGACACAGAUUUCAAACUGGAGCGUGCCGUCUUCGCCGAAGUCUCUGAUGAUGACGAGGAGGUCUCCUUGAUGCCUGCUGCCACCAAACCUGCCACCGCCUCCAAGGUGUUCAAAUCAAAACGAGGCGACGACGAUGACGAUGAUGACCCGGCGGAAGAGGUGGACCUGGUGUUGGGGCCAGGACUCGAUGGAGGCGGCAGCGGUGAGGCCCAGAAGUCUGAGGCCCAGGCUACAGGCAUGAAGGUCCUGGCACUCCUAGACAAGAUCAUAGGUGUGGUGGACCAGAUCCAGCAGACUCAGACAGGUCUGGAGGCCAAGCAGGAGACCAUGGAGAAGAACAUGAGCAGCAUCCAGACAGAGCUGGCCAAGCUAGCCAAGAGUCACGUUGGGACGGCCGGGACGGUCAACAAGCUCCUGGACAAGGUGCGGAAGGUGAACGUCAAUGUGAAGAGCGUGCGCACGGACCUGGAGAAGCAAGCGGGACAGAUAAAAAAACUGGAGAACAAUGAACAUGAGCUCCUCAAGAGGAAGAACUUCAAAGUGCUUAUCUUCCAGGGUUUGAACCUACAGUAG